UUCCCCGUCAAUCCGAGGGAUUACUUCCGGAAAUUCAACCUCUGUAGAUUCGCAUCGGAAGAGAGAGCUCAUCAAUGGCGCUUGAAUGGGUUGUGCUAGGGUACGCAGCGGGUGCGGAGGCUAUUAUGGUGCUCCUCCUCACGAUCCCUGGCCUCGACGGCCUCCGCAAGGGCCUCAUCGCUGUGACUCGUAAUCUUCUCAAACCUUUCCUCUCUGUCGUUCCCUUUUGCCUUUUCUUGCUCAUGGACAUAUACUGGAAGUACGAGACUCGUCCCUCCUGUGAGGCCGACACUUGUUCCCCUUCCGAGCAUCUUCGGCAUCAGAAGUCCAUCAUGAAGAGCCAGCGCAAUGCUCUCCUUAUUGCUGCUGCCUUGAUGUUCUACUGGCUUCUCUACUCCGUUACCAAUCUCGUUGUUAAGAUCGAGCAGUUGAAUCAGCGGAUCGAGCGUUUGAAGAAUCGGGACUGACUCAGAUGUUCGAUUGGCUGAGUGGUUAAGAUAAGUAUCUUACUUUUGUGUUGGCGUGAUUUAAAUUUUCAGUGUUGUAUUAGGAACCUCUUUUCCAUUAUGGUUUUGUACCACUUAUUCUGAGAUUGAAGAGGAAAUAAAAAAAGAUUAGAGACUUCCGGUUGUUUUGUUUGAUCUGAAUAGUCUGUGGAAAGGGGAUUUUUCUCAUUAUAUUGAAUAUGCUAUUUAACAUGUGUGUACACUUUUCUUCA